AUGCCCUCAACUCUGCUACCUUUAACGACAAGCGCACCACUUCUUGCUGCCCCACCAAGCACUUUGCCCAAAGAGAGAUUCGUCCUGUAUCUGCGCCAACAACCGCGAGCAGCACGUGCAGGUCCUGAUGGCAAAGAUCGCAGGACAAUUGAUCCUCCUCCUAUCCUGCAGCUGUUGAUCAAAGAUUUCGAUCUCGAAGAAGAUGGUCGGUACCUCAAGGGUCGUGACUGGGUCGUUCAUGCCAAACUGAUACCUGUUGAGCCGUCCGGCUCAGACACAUCGUCCAUAAAAUCGUUCGCCCACAGUAGCAAAGAGGAAAAUGUGACUCGUUCAUUGCUGGGAACAAUGGUGAGCAGCCCUUUAUAUUGCUCAGAUGACCCUGAUCCAGAAAACGCACCUAAGCAUCCAACGACGAAGCCCUCACCACCGCCGAGCCCGACAAUGAGGUUUAUACAAAGAGCAUCAGCGACUUCGAAGAGUUCCGGAAAAGGCCAAGACGCUCACAAGAAACUGCCAGGAGCAUUCUUCAUCUUCGCAGACCUGUCAGUGCGAAAGGCAGGGCAAUAUCGCCUGGAGUUUCGGCUGAUGAAGAUGGAGCCGUCGGUGCUGGUCCAGAAUAGUGCUGUGCCAACAAUUUCCACUGUCAUCUCCGACAUCUUUGAUGUCGUCAAUGCUAAGGACUUUGAUCAGGUACGUCCAAGCACGAAGUUGGUGAAGGGUCUUCUCGAUCGAGGAGCCGGAUUCCCACUAAAGUUGAAGAAAGGCUUGCGGGAAGGCCAACGUCGCAGACAUCGACCGAGUUUUGACGAGGAUGUUGAGGACGAAGACCACGACGAGCGUGACAAUACCGGAGAUGAGGACCACGAGGAUGACCAUGAUUGA